UUGUCUGUUCUUCUGCAGCAGCCUCCGUGCCAUGGAGAUAAUCUUACUGAGUUAAAUGUACUGGAAGACCUACAGAGACAGCCUCCACAUCCACUCACUGUAGAGCAAACGGUGAGGUGGGCACGGAGUAGGCACAUGCCUGUCAUUCUCAGUCGCUGGAUCAUUCUGACAGACUACAUCGCUUCCUCGUUGGAGUUCCUCCGUCAGGAACUCCGUUUCCGGGCGAUAAUACAAUACGCAGCCAACAAAAAACUGGAUAAGAUCAGAAGCGAAACGGCCCGCAAAACUGGUUUCAACAAGACUCAGGUGUGCACAGUCGGGGUUCACGUACGCAGAACGGACUACGGGCCAUACAUGAGGGAGCGGUUCCACUUGCAACAGGAGGCCGGCCCCGCCUACUAUGAGGCCGCAGCUGCAGCCAUGUUGGCAGACCUGCACAGCGAGUGCGCCGCCGUCGCCUUUGCAGUCACCAGCGAUGACAGCCAGUGGUGCCAACAACAUCUGCUGCCUGCCCUCACCAGGAAGGCCUCAGCAGAUGCGGCCGCCAGCGUGGGAUUCUUGAUGUCAUCGAAGAGGCCUGCGGACGACCUGUGCCUUCUGUCCUCGUGCCAGCACCUCAUCAUGGCCUACGGCACCUUCGGGAUGACCGCGGCCAUCCUUUCCGGCGGCCGGACCAUCAUGUACGACACAGCCCAACACGGCGCUCACCCACAGCCUGCCCCUCAGAUGAUGACGUCACUGGUCCCUCACUGGCGUCUCAUUCCAUAGAGUCAGCUACU